GAGGAGCUGCAGUCGGCGGGACUUCCGUGUUGGCGGGAUUCUGAACGCUGCCAUGGCUCAGACCGUGCAGAACGUUACUUUGUCUCUCACUCUGCCCAUCACGUGCCACAUUUGCUUGGGGAAGGUACGCCAGCCUGUCAUAUGCAUCAACAACCAUGUAUUUUGUUCUGUUUGUAUCGAUCUGUGGUUGAAGAAUAAUAGCCAGUGUCCAGCUUGCAGAAUCCCUAUUACUCCUGAAAAUCCUUGCAAAGAGAUUAUCGGAGGAACAAGUGAAAGUGAACCUAUGCUAAGCCAUACAGUCAGGAAGCACCUUCGGAAAACUAGACUUGAGUUACUCCAUAAAGAAUAUGAGGAUGAAAUAGAUUGUUUGCAGAGAGAAAUAGAAGAGCUUAAAAGUAAAAAUCUCAGCUUGGAGUCACAGAUCAAGACCAUUCUAGAUCCUUUAACUACAAUGCAGGGCAACCAAAAUGAAGAAAAACAUCCCAUUGUAGAUAUUCCAAGUAAAAUUGACCAAGAUACUGUUGCAGAAUGGAAGAAAAAACUCAGAACAGCUAGUGAAAUCUAUGAAAAAGUAAAAGAUGAUGUGGAUAAGUUAAAAGAGGCAAAUAAAAAACUGAAAUUGGAAAAUAGUGGCUUGGUGAGGGAGAAUUUACGACUGAAGGCUGAAGUUGAUAACAGAUCACCCCAAAAGUUUGGAAGGUUUACAGUUGCUGCUCUUCAGUCCAAAGUGGAACAGUAUGAACGUGAAACCAAUCGCCUCAAGAAAGCCCUGGAACGAAGUGACAAGUACAUUGAGGAACUUGAAUCUCAAGUAGCACGACUAAAAAAUUCAAGUGAAGAGAAGGAAACUAUGGAUUCCAUUUGCCAGAAAGCACUUUCUGUAGAUGGCAAAGGAGUCAAAAUCAGUGAGGAUGAUGUGGCAUCAAAGAAUCAAGGUGAUAACACCAGGAAGCAGCCUGGCUCAGUCACCUCUAGUUCUUCUCACCUGGCAAAGCCUUCCAGUAGCAGACUGUCUGACACCAGUUCUGCCAGGCAGGAAAGUACCAGCAAAACAGAAUCAAAUUGUCUUAAGAACAAAGACCUGUAUCAAAAACAAACCGAAAUAAUGUUAGAUGUGACAGAUACAAGUAUGGAUACUUACUUGGAAGGAGAGUGGAGUAAUAAGCCAAGUGACUGUGUACCCUACAAAGGUGAAGAGCUUUAUGAUCUGCCAGCUCCUUGUACUCCUUUGUCUCUUAGUUGCCUUCAGCUAAAUACUCCAGAAAAUAGAGAGAGCUCUGUAAUCAAAGCAGGAAGUUCCAAAAAGCACUCAAACCAUCUCAGAAAAUUGGUGUUUGAUGAUUUUUGUGAUUCUCCAAGUGUUUGUAAUAAAGAUUCUUUAAGAGACGAUAUAAGUAGAAAUGAAAAUGAAAAAAAGUCAGAAUGUUUUACUUCCCCAAAGACAGGAUUUUGGGAUUGUUGCUCCACAGGCUAUGCCCAAAGCUUAGAUUUUGAGAGUUCAGAGGUGAACAAGAUAGCGAGUUCUGCUGGAGAAAUGUCUUCAGAAUUGAGUGAGAAACCCAGCUCAUGUUUAUCCAAGAGGUUGAAUUGUAUUCGCUCUCUCGAAAUGAACCGAACUAGAACAUCCAGUGAAGCAUCGAUGGAUGCCGCCUACCUUGACAAAAUCUCUGAGUUGGACUCAAUGAUGUCAGAGUCGGACAACAGCAAGAGUCCUUGUAAUAAUAAUAGUUUUAAGGCUGUGGAUUUGGAUGGGUUAUCAAAGUCAUCUCAAGGCAGUGACUUUCUGGAAGAGCCUGACAAGAUGGAAGAAACAACUAAACUGAAUCUUUCGAAAGAUGCUCUCACUACUGAUCAGUUAGAAAAUGGAAAUGAAUGGAAACCUACUUCUUUUUUCCUCCUCUCCCCAUCUGACCAAGAAAUGGAUGAAGAUUUUUCACUCCAUCACACUUCUAGUUCAGGAACUAAUGAAAUCAAACUCCCAAGCUGUUUGUUUCAGACAGAGUUUUCCCAGGGUGUUUUGUUAAGCAGUCCACAUCGACUAUUUGAAGAUCAAAGGUUUGGGUCAUCUUUGUUUAAGAUGUCCUCAGAGAUGCACAGCCUUCAUAACCACCUUCAGUCUCCUUGGUCUACUUUCUUUGUGCCUGAAAAGAGGAAUAAAAAUGUGAAUCAAUCAACAAAAAGAAAAAUACAAAGCAGCCUUUCCAAUGCCAGCCCAUCAAAAGCAACUAAAAGUUGACUCAUUAAGGAGGUAUCCUUUGUGUUUUUGUCCUGAAAGGAGUAUAAAUGUUUUUAUUGUUACUUUUUUCACUCCCUGAAAGUUAAAACUCGAUAAUCUGUCAAGUGUCAAGUCAGAAUAGUGGGCUAACUUGUACCCAUAGUACUCAUUUCAUGUUUGAGGGUCUUUUUGACUGGAGAAGGUAGGAAGAGGGUUUUUGUUUCAUUUGAAUUUUUUUUUAAUGACUAUUGUAUGUAGUUGGCUUGGGUAUAUUUUGUUAUCUUGAAUCUUAUUUAACUAUUAGAUACAGUGGCCUAUUAAUGAGGCUCGGUUGUCUUCAGAACUUGGAUUUCUUGAAUAAAUCCUUUAGUAUUGUCUACACUGUGCUCCUGAAUUUCUUUAAAGCUUUUGCUAGGGUAGAAAUUCUUUUGCCCCUUUUUAUUUAUUUUUAGUGAUGGCCUAUCUUUUAUAUAAGGCCAUGAUGGAGAAAUAGCACUCUGACUGUAGUUCAAUACUCACUUUCUUUUUCUUAAAUUUUACAAUAAUGUAUAUAUGUUCCCAUUUUGUUUAACAUUGUGCUUUGUCCAGUUUUUGUGAAAAUGUUCUGCUACUAUAAAACAGCACAUUUUUAUGUGACGAUACUCAUGUCAGGUUCAUAUCUGCUCAUAUUUUUUGUGGGUAUGUAAAAUCAGAAAUUGAGCAGCUGCAUGGAACAGUUGGGUUUGGAGGAGCUUAACCCCUUAUAGCUUCAUUUUUCCAGAUGUACAGUCGGAAAGGCCAAGUUCUUAAUACACUUAUAUCCCUGGAAAAGUUUUUGGUUUGGAUUGUUUUUGUGUUGUUUUGUUUGUUUUAGUGAUAAAUUUCUUGUUUGCAUGUUACCGUUCUUUGUGGAGACUGUAUGCAUGGUUGCAUUUUUGCUUGCUGUAUUUUCCAUCCUUAAGUAAAAGAAGCUUCAAUUGGCUAGUCGAAUGUCUUUUAUGUAGGACAGUUUUCUAAAUGAAAAGUAUUGAGGGGAUGAGGAGAGGUAAGAGCUAAGCACAAGUUUUAAUUUAGGUUCUAAAAAAGUAUAUUAUUCUGUACAUGUUGGAUAUCCUAUAUAGGUUUUUACCAAUGGGUUUGUAUGCUAAUGACUUGUUUAUCUAAUGUGCAUCAAACAUUUUACAUUAAUACUGUAUUGUUUUCAUUAAAACUGCAUGCUUUUCUAUGUGAAUUGAAUAAAGGAUGU